UUAAACAUCUGUGCAUGGAGAAAUAUUUGGCUCCACCAAUAACCUACACAGAAUAUCAAUGGCGUUCUAGGUUUAAUGGAAAACAAACCCAAUUGUUGGGAAACUAACACGACAAAAAAAAAAAUCAUAUCCUUAUGUAACAACCAAGAGCUAAGUCCAUCUGUUCAUCUAUCUUCUCUUUUCUUUCUUCCAAAAUAAAAUGUUUCAUCGCCACAAGUAACCCAUUGAAGUGUCGAUCCAGCUUUAGCUCCUAUGACGAUAUAAUUACUUAAAAAUUCAAGAACCAGCUGAUACAGCUUUACAAGUAAGCACGAAGCAUUUGAUGCCAUGGUUGACACAUUAUCCAUUUCCUUGUUUUAAUUAAGACGUGGAAACUUGUCCUACUAAUAAGCUAAAACAACUCAUCCAUCCAAAGCAAACCCACACACAUUCAAAAAUUGAAGAAAGGUUUCAUCUGGAUUGGCUGGCUGGCAAUCUCUGCAAGCUUCCUUGGAGCUUUUGCAACUAUGGAGAAAGGAACAGCAUCUUCCUCUGGAGCAGAAUCUGCAGCAGCAGCCACCAGCUAUGGGAAACUGGCAACCAUCCUGAGCAUAGAUGGAGGAGGGAUCAAAGGGAUCAUCCCAGGUGUAAUGCUUGCUUACCUCGAGUCCAAACUUCAGGAGCUUGAUGGGGAGGGAGCCAGGAUUGCAGACUACUUCGAUGUGAUCUCAGGAACGAGCACUGGAGGCCUGGUGGCUACAAUGCUGGCUGCACCAAAUGAGAACAAGCGCCCACUUUUUGCAGCCAAGGAAAUUGUGCAAUUCUACCUCCAGCACAGCCCCAAGAUCUUCCCGCAGAACAGGAGUGUAUUUGCAUGGGUGUUGAAGCUGUGGAAAGUUCUUACUGGGCCGCAGUAUGAUGGCAAGUAUUUGAGGAAGUCGAUAAGAAAGAUGUUGGGGAGCAGUAAGCUGCAUGACAGCUUGACCAAUUUGGUCAUCCCUACUUUCGACAUCAAGAAGCUCCAGCCAGUCAUCUUUUCUUCCUAUCAGGUGGAAACACUGCCAACGUUAGAUGCUCUGCUCUCGGACAUAUGCAUCUCCACAGCUGCGCCCCCAACUUUCUUCCCAGUUCAUUACUUCAAGAACCAAGACUCACAAGGAAACGUCAGAGAAUUCAAUCUUAUCGAUGGCGGCAUAGCUGCCAACAACCCUACUUUGGUUGCCAUAACAGAAGUGACCAAGCAGAUCAUGAAGAACCCAGGUGGAUGCUCGAUGAAGCCAAUGGAGUACGGCCGGUUUCUGGUGAUCUCACUGGGGACAGGCUCCAACAAGACAGAAGAGAAAUACAAUGCCAAAACUGCUUCGAAAUGGGGCGUCAUAAGCUGGUUGUACCAUAAGGGAUCUUCUCCAUUGAUCAGUUGCUACUCUGAUGCAAUCUCAGAUAUGGUUGAUUACCACAACUGUGUUGUUUUCAAAGCUCUGGAAUCAGAGGACAACUAUCUGAGAAUAGAUGAUGACAAGCUGCAAGGAGAUACUGUGUCCGCAGACUUGGCUACAGAGGAGAAUCUGAAGAAUCUAGUGAAAGUGGGAGAGAAUCUGUUGAAGGGCCCUGUAACUCGGAAGAAUCUAGACACUGGACGCUACGAACCUGUUGAGAACGGUGGCACCAAUGAAGAAGCACUUCAAAGGGUUGCAAAGCUACUUUCAGAAGAGAGGAAGUACCGGCUGCGGUCGCUGCCAAGGAAUGCAGCCUGAGCAUGCUUUUCAGCAGACAUAUACUCAAGCCUUCAGUUUCCCCUGCGCUAAAGCUGUCAUUCUUUGUACUCAAUAACUGAUUUGAGACAAG